GAAGGUCUGAGGAGGUUUAGAUGAAGAAGAAGGUCUGAGGAGGAUGUUUGGGGGGAUGUUUGUGGCUGAAACUGGCAACCCUGUUGAUCGGACGGCAGUGAGGAUGAGCGGCUAACGGCUAACGGCUAAAGGAGUGGAGUUAAAGCAGCUGCCGACCGUCUCCGGUUCCUAUGGUGUCGUCGGUCCUGCUGAUCCGGUCCUGAAGCUGCGUCUGGAGGUUGGUCAGAGCCGAGCCGUGUUGGCCGGCAUCUGCGCCCCAUCAUGUCCAAGAGUAAGAGCUCCGAGUCGGUGAAGGUGGUGGUCCGCUGUCGGCCCAUGAACGAGAAAGAGCGGGCGGCCAAGUUUGAGCGGGUCGUGUCCGUGGACGUCAAACUGGGUCAGAUCCAGGUCAGGAACCCCAGAGAGGCGUCUGCCAGCGAGCUUCCUAAAGUCUUCACGUUCGACUCGGUGUACGACUGCAACUCCAAACAGAUCGACCUGUAUGACGAGACCUUCAGGCCGCUGGUGGAGUCGGUGCUGCUCGGGUUCAACGGGACCAUCUUCGCGUACGGCCAGACGGGGACGGGGAAGACCUACACCAUGGAGGGGGUGAGGAACGACCCCGAGAGGAGGGGCGUCAUCCCUAACUCGUUUGAGCACAUCUUCACCCACAUCUCCCGCUCCCAGAACCAGCAGUACCUGGUCCGAGCCUCGUACCUGGAGAUCUAUCAGGAGGAGAUCAGAGACUUGCUGUCCAAGGACCAAUCACGGCGUCUGGAGCUCAGGGAGCGGCCAGACAGCGGCGUCUACGUCAAAGACCUCUCGUCGUUUGUCACCAAGAGCGUGAGAGAGAUCGAGCACGUAAUGAAUGUGGGGAACCAGAACCGCUCGGUGGGAGCCACCAACAUGAACGAGCACAGCUCCCGCUCCCACGCCAUCUUCGUCAUCACCGUGGAGUGCAGCGAGCUGGGCGUGGACGGCGAGAACCACAUCAGGGUGGGCAAACUGAACCUGGUGGAUUUAGCAGGGAGCGAGCGUCAGACAAAGACGGGCGCACAGGGCGAGCGUCUGAAAGAGGCCACCAAGAUCAACCUGUCGCUGUCGGCUCUAGGAAACGUCAUAUCGGCGCUGGUCGAUGGGCGGAGCAGCCACAUCCCCUACAGAGACUCCAAACUCACCCGCCUGCUGCAGGACUCUCUGGGCGGAAACGCCCGCACCGUCAUGGUCGCCAACAUCGGCCCCGCCUCCUACAAUGUAGAGGAGACUCUGACGACGCUGAGGUACUCCAACAGGGCCAAAAACAUCAAGAACAAACCCAGGAUCAACGAGGACCCCAAAGAGGCCCUGCUGAGGGAGUUCCAGGAGGAGAUCGCCAGACUCAAGGCUCAGCUCCAGAAACGCUCCGGGAGGAGGAAGAGGAGGAGGAGGAGGAGGGCCGGGGCAGGGGAAGGCAGCGACGGAGAGGAGCUGGAGGACGGAGAGACAGAGGACGACGAAGAAGACGGGGGCGAGGAUAAAGGAGACUACUGGAGGGAGCAGCAGGAGAAGCUGGAGAGAGAGAGGAAGGCCAUCAUGGAGGACCACAGCCUGGUGGCCGAGGAGAAGACGCGACUCCUGAAGGAGAAGGAGAAGAAGAUGGAGGACCUGCAGAAGGAGAGGGAGGCCGGAGAGAUGCUGGCCGCCAAAGUCAAGGCCAUGGAGAGUAAGCUGCUGGUCGGAGGGAAGAACAUCGUAGAUCACACCAAUGAGCAGCAGAGGAUGCUGGAGCAGAGGAGGCAGGAGAUCGCUGAACAGAAACGCCGUGAGCGAGAGAUGCAGCAGCAGAUGGAGAGUCGGGAUGAGGAGACUCUGGAGCUGAAGGAGACGUACAGCUCUCUGCAGCAGGAGGUCGACAUCAAAACCAAGAAGCUGAAGAAGCUGUUUGCAAAGUUGACAGCGGUGAAGGCAGAGAUUCAGGACAUCCAGGAGCUCCACAUCCAUGACCGCCAGGAUCUGGAGCAGACCCAGAACGAGCUGACCAGAGACCUCAAACUAAAACACCUGAUCAUCGAGAACUUCAUUCCUCUGGAGGAGAAGAACAAAAUUGUUAACAGGGCGUACUUCGAUGAUGAGGAUGAGUACUGGAAGCUGAAGGCCAUCACUCGUAUGGAGGACGACCAUCAGAUGAUGGGCCGGCCUCUGUCAGCGGUGGGAUACAGGCGGCCGCUCUGCCAACACGCCCGCAUGGCGAUGAUGAUGAGACCUGAGAUGAGAUAUAAGGCUGAGAACAUCAUCAUGCUGGACAUGGACCUGCCAGCUCGGACCACUAAAGAGUACCAGGAGCCAGUGAUCGCUCCCAAAGUGGCUGCAGCUCUGGAGGACGCUCUCAGGGACGAGGACGAGAUCCAGGUGGACGCCUCCGGCUUUCACAGCAGCCUGGGACCAACGCCGCCCGCCAGCGCCAGCGGGAGCCUCAAAAAACCAAAGUCUGGUCGACCGAGGACGGGUAAGAAUUCGAGCACCCCCACCUCUCCCUUCAGCCCCUCAAGUCCAGGAUCCCCGCUGUACCCACAAUCCCGGGGCCUGGUGCCCAAGUGACACGACCACUGACGACCUCUGCACCGCCACUUUGGGACUGAGCUGUGAGAGAGCAGCGCCGCAGAGAGACGGAGAAUCAUCCACACUGAUGCUGCUGUUUGUGUUUCUGAGCACUGCCGUCGUCUGCAUGAAGCCUCACGUUUACUGCUGGCAGACUGGCUACACACCAGACCCCUUACUGACCUGGGCUGGUUUUAGAACCUGGGGGACCACUAACAUAUCUAUCCUGUGGUCAGCCGGCUGUCCCAGCGUCUGUUUGCAUUAAAAACCAAAACUACAACGUCUGGUUGGUCAGACUUCCUGCUCUGUUUGGCGUUGUCGGCUGGAUCACCAGUCCUGUCUUAGCCAUGACUACAUUUCUAAAUCGAGGAGGUUCUGGCUCAAUCAGGGUCUUCCUGGCAUCACAUAUUUAGGGAUGUUUGUUUGUUUGUUACAGCCGUGAAUAAGCCACGCCCCUCACUGAUUGGUGGGUGGAGGGCUAAAAUGGUCAGGUGUGCAGCCAGCCUCAGAUGUGCUUUAAUGUCUUAUGUUCACACUUCUGUCAUGUUCGGAGUGUUCGGAGUGGGCUGUGUCCCCCUAAUGAUGGACUGCAGGACCACAAUGCACUUCUUCUUCCUGUCCUUACAGAUGCGUUUGCUGGGUGUUGUAGUCCUUUCUGUGGCUGUCGGUCUGAGUGUUGUAGAGACAUGAGGCGGUGUUAUCUAAUGGUCUUCAGAGCUCUGGGAAAGCUCGCAGUCUUCGCUGGUUUCUUCUGUCUUAAAGGAACAUUACCACGUUUUAGGAAGUCGGCUUAUUGGCCUUUGUGGAGAGGUGGAAGGAAAGAUGAAAAUGUGAUGGAGCUCAACAGUGUGGUUCCUGCCUACCUGUAGCACAGGAACAUAGAUCAGUCUGGCCCGUAUAUUGAUUAUAUCCCUCGCUUCUUGCCAGUUCCACCCACGCUCCUAAAGACAUCCUACUACGGUCUGUUAUUAGACAAAAUGGAGGGAAAAGCCCCCAACAUCCCCAGCUUCACCAACAUUCCUACCUCUGCCUUUGGAGAUGAUGUCAUCCUUUGAUGUCUAUAAAACAUUCCAUCCUUGCUGAUAGCAUGCAGGUCGGUCUAGGCAACGCCCUCUUUGCCAGUGAAGCCAUGCGGUUGUAACUCGGGCAGAGUCUUGGGACGGUCUCACUGAAACGGUGUUGGUAGCUGGUUUGUCCCUGGAUUAUAAAUGAAGAUGGAGGGGUUUAAACGUCUGAGAUUGACUGCAGGAACCAGAGACCGGGCCGGCGCUGUUGAGCUCUAUCCUCUGCUGAAUCUGAAGCUGUCACACCUGGAAACAUAAUACCUGCCCGCCAACAUCAUACCAACCUGCAGUUUUGAACCUAAUAAUCCCACAGUGUAAUAGCACGACCACAAGCAUCAUAGCAAAUUUAUCACAAACGUAUUUACUAUUAUUACUGUUCUUACUAUUACUACUGUUAUUACUAUUAUUACUAAUGUUACUGUUACUACUGUUAUUGUAUUUCUAUUACAUUUUCAUGGUUUUAUUACGUUUGAGGGAAGGCCAAAAUGUCCCACAAAUUUAACAUGAACAUGAAAACUUCACGUUUGCGUCAUUGUUUCCCGUGUUUUAAGACUCCGAAAAAAAACCUCCUGUUUCAUGGCGAACACAACCCGUCACCAUGACUGUUUUUUGUGACUUGAGCUUCAGCUGACUUGGACCAGCUGGCAGUCAUGAAAAGGCUCCAACAAACUACUUUGACUUUCCAAACAUGAUAGGAUUUUCCCCACAGUGACAACUUCCUGUGAAUGGAGUCGUUAGGUUUGCGGUUAGCAGUGACGUUUGUGGGAUCAUUAGGGUCAAAGCUGCAGGUUUGUGUUACGUUUGUAGGUGUUCUAGUCGCCUGUUGUCGUUCUGGUUUCCUGACGGAUUCAUGAUGAUAUCGAGCUUCCUGGAAGUCACUGCCACCAUCAAACACCUAAAAUUAGUCAGUGAUUGGUCAGUACGAUGGACAGUGGCGGACUAACUGAGGCUUUAUGCUAAGCUACAGCGGCACAUGAAUGCAGUUCCUCAGACUGUCUAUAGUAGAUGCUGCAGACUCCGCCUCCUGCCGCCAUACUCAGUCGCUGCUGUUCCUUCUGGAGCAGACAAGGCGUACACAUACAAACAGUUCACACCGACCCCCAGCCCCCUCUAAUAUCAGCGCCAACAGCCGUCAGGGUCACGCCAACGUUCUGGUCCUGAGCAGUCCCGGAGUCAUCAGGGUUCCCAAGGUGCCUUAACCUGUGUCCACCUGCUCUACUGCUUCAUUAAAGCGAGUUCAUCACCUCAUCUUCUAUCAUCAUUGAUGAAUCCUCGUUAAGGACAAUGUCCCUCUUUACUCUGAGGUGCACAGUUUUGGACACUGACUCAUCCCAAGGUCAUGGGGUCAGGGCUGCAGGGCAAUCAGACGUAGAAACCCAACCUGGUUCACCUUUGUUUUAGUCUGAGUAAGGCUCAUGUCUAACUUUGACCCCUGCCUCUUAAGUUUAAAGGGUAGGGCUAAAGGUCUUCUAAUGUGUGGCACAGGUUUCAUUGGCAAUGUUUGGAGCUUAGAGUGAUUGUAGAAGACGACUGCCUUUGAGUCCCGUCUGUCUCAAGCUAACUUCAGAUCAACCUAACAGCAGCUGAUCAUUUACCAGCAGUCUCCCUCUGUUGGUCACAGAACUCAGCUACAAAUAUCUGGUUUUAUCUCGGGAUGCAGCAACGCAUCCAUUUAUCUCUGAGAUGGGCUGAAAUGAGUCUUGACUGACAUCGGCCCAUCGUAAAGUAACAUCGAAUAAACCGAGGAGGGAGGAGGUUUCCGUCCAAAAAAAGGAGGUGAAAACAAAUCAGCAUCGGAAGUUAGCUAAGUUUCAGUUUUUGAUGUCGCCAUCAGCCCUACUUUACACAAUCAGUGCAUCUCUAGGUCUACUCAAUGCAGGUUUCAAAGACCCCAUUUACACCUCCCACUAACAGCCAUACUGGGAAAUCCUAAGUGCUACUGUGGAUGCACCUCAGUGUGAACUGACUUCGUCUUCGUCCAGACCGUUAAACACCGUUAAAUGGCGUGGUCUAGAAUGGUCCGCCAGUAAGCAAGAAGUAACACUUAAUUAAGGCGGUCUAGCAUCCUGACUAGUCUGGCAAUCUUGGCCCUCACACAUAUUUGCACUCAUCAAAGACCACCCUGUUGUCUACAGUGGUCCGCCAGUAAACAAGAAGUUAUUUCCAGCUUUACUGGUCACCUGUGGUUUAUAAUGGAGUUGUCAUUCCAGUCUAACCAGUUCCCCAUAAGAUUUAUCUGAGCAGUAUAUCAGUGUGUAUGACAUGUGGGGAAAAGCUGUUAAAGAGGCACUGCUAGCCUUUUAGCCCAUGCAUGUGUCUCAUUAUUAUUUGAACACAUUGUUGACUCUUCUUUCACCCACUUCUCCAAACGUUGACGACGAUGGCUCACAACAAUGGAGAGGAAAUGGACCCAAAAUCCCCGGCUUCACCAACAUUCCAGCGUCCUCUGUGUUUGAAGAUGGCGUCAUCCUUUGAUGUCUAUAAAACAUAUUCUUGGCUUUUGCAUGCUGUUCUCUUUCACUGUGAAGCCCUGGUGUUGUAACUCUCGCACAAUUUGGCUUUGCAUUGCUCUGCUAAAAUAGGACAACGUUCUUACCUGUGGAAUGUUCCAGGUGUUUCUGAGCAUUUGUACCAACUUUUUUGGUAGCUGUUGCAGGCAUGUAAACAUUAGUGCUUGUUGCACAGCGAUGCCAGCAGACCUAGAGCGUUGGCUUUCUUUCCACAUCAGAUGUUUCUGCUCUGUUCAGGUUCUCUAACCCUAACCCUAGCAUCGUGUGACGAGGGUUUCUGUUUACUUAUCAAACAGGGGUCAGUUUGGUUUCUACUAGAAUCCCUCGCCCUCUCUGGACCAUGAAAGCCCGGGGCAGUACAGCUCAUAGACCCCCCCAUCGUCCUGAAUAUUCACACUGGUUGUGCUGAUAAGAAUAUGCAGUGUAAGCCCUCCGCUCUCCGGCGUCCGCUCUCUGCUGCUGUGGCGGUCCAAACCCACUGUGACAUUCAGCCGGCCGGCUCCGACCGCCCGCCGCUGUCAGCUGAUGUUUUGUUGUCAGCUGAGUGACCCGGCCUGCACUCUCUCUGUAUCUACGUGUCUUUACGAGUGCAGACUCGCUGGUAGAUAAUCUUCAGUCACUUUUGCAGAUAUAUCAAAAAAGAAAGAAAAAUGUGUUUCCAUAUUGAAAUCUAACUUAUUCUACUGGUUCAUUUUUAUAAAACAGAUGUAGAUUUACAUUUUUAUUCUGUUGGCUCUGACAUAGAUUAUUAUUUUAUUUUUUGAGCUUUGUAAUUUAAUGCUGAGAUUUUAUUUUUUGCAUCAAACGUACCGUGUGUCUUCUUUUGUAUGGGAGGAAAACAAUCAACUGUUGCACAUGGAGUAUUUACACCUUCACUAUACAUGUAACCUCAUAAUCCUUAGAGUAAGGCCUGAUUGUUGUACGUAACAUCGCUGUAAACCUGCCGCAUGAUCGUAGAGAGCUCAGUACAAUGUUUGUGAGUGUUCAUAGGAAACUUCUGAAUGUCUUAAUUUUUAAUGUCAGUGGCAUCACUGGAUCCACAUUCAAGGAGACUGGCCAACUGUUCUCUGCUGGUUUUGAUUUUUUUUUUUUUUUUUUAGCCAAACGAUGAUUAUUCAGCUGCUCCAACGUCUGCAGCUGCUACUGUUUUUUUCUGUUUAGUUUCUUUGGAUUAUUAAAGACGAUUCAGUCAGAAACACAA